AUGGUUUAGAUUUCUAAUACAUUAGAUAUACAUUAAUUAUUAUUAAUUUGUGCAUUUAAUCGCGAUGAAAGGACCUUUUCUAUGGGGAUUUGUGUAUAAGUCGUUAUUCAAUUUUAGAAGUAAGAUGGUAAUGUUUCUAUACUAGAGCCGACUUUUAAACUCCUACAAAGUCCAUUUAGUUUAAAAAAGGAUGAUUUAAUUAAAAAGGCUAGCAACAUUCCUGAUUAUAAGUUUGACUUCUCACCCUUCAUCUAACCAGAUGCUACGUUCCUUGUGAAAUAAUUAAAUAUUUAAAAGUUGCGGCUCUUACAAAAGGAAUUAGCCUCUGAUCCUCAAAAUCCAGAGAAGGCAUUCAAGUACAUUCGAUAAUUGAAUCGCAUAUAAUUAUACGAUGAAGCAGUUCGUGUAUUCAAAUAAAUAGAAGACUGUCGUGAAAAUGCUACUCCAAAAUAACAUCAAUAAUUAUAAGAAUAAUAUGGGAUUGCAGUAAAACAUUUGAAAUCCAAUCAAUAUGGAGACAAGCGUAAAUCACUAAUACUUCCAGGGAUGAUCUACUUGUUGAUAGCUGCAGCCUUCCUUUAUAAGAUGAUGUAUCUCUUCUAACUAGUUCAAUCUAAGUAAAAAAAUGAGAAAAACUAGAAAGAUGUUCCUGAGUAAGGAACUGGUAGAAUUGAUCUAAUUUAAGAAGAAAGAAACAUUCCUACACGCUUUAAUGACGUUUUGGGAAUAGAUGAAUUUAAAGAAGAAUUAGAAGAAAUAGUAGAAUUCUUGAAGCAUCCUAAAAAGUAUACUGAUUCAGGUGCAAAAUUGCCAAAAGGAAUCUUACUUGUUGGCCCUCCAGGAACAGGUAAGACCCUUUUGGCAAGAGCUUUGGCUGGAGAAGCAGGAUGUGCCUUCUUUUAUAAAUCUGGAUCUGAAUUUGAUGAGAUGUUUGUAGGAGUUGGAGCUUCACGAGUUAGGGAAAUCUUUAAGACUGCGAGACAAAAGGCCCCUUCUAUUAUUUUCAUUGAUGAAAUAGAUAGCAUUGGAGGCAGAAGAAGAGCAUAGGAUCCAGGCUAUUCCAGAGACACUAUAAACUAAAUUCUUACAGAAAUGGAUGGAUUUAAAUAGAGUGAAAGUGUGAUAGUAAUUGGGGCCACCAAUUUUGAGUAGGUUCUUGAUCCAGCACUAAAAAGACCAGGAAGAUUUGAUAAAAUGAUUCAUGUGCCAUUGCCAGAUGUGAAAGGUAGGGAAUAGAUAUUUUCCUAUUACUUGUAAAAGAUUAAAUUUGAUGUUCAAAAGGUAUUGCCAUCCAAUUUGGCAAGACAGACUAGUGGAUUCACUGGAGCUGAUAUUUAAAAUAUGGUCAAUGUUGCAAUUUUAAAUGCAAUAAAAUAUGAUAGAUAAAUUGCAACAACUGAGGAUUUUGAAUUUGCAAUAGAUAGAAUUGCUAUGGGAGUAGGUAGAAAGAAUAUGCACGUUAGUGAUAAGGAGAAGUUGAUGACUGCUUAUCAUGAAGGUGGACAUGCUCUUACCAGUUUAUUGACUGAAGGAGCCAUGCCUCUUCAUAAAGUUACAAUUCUCCCAAGAGGUGGAGCUUUGGGAUUUACUUCUAUGCUACCAGAAAAGGAUCAACUUAAUUAUACAAGAAAGGGAAUCAUUGCAUCAAUUGAUGUGGCUAUGGGUGGUAGAGCUGCAGAAGAUCUAUUUUUGGGAAAAGAUGAUAUCACUAGUGGAUGUAGUAAUGACUUGGCUAAAGCUACUAAUCUUGCUUAUAUGUUUGUUAAAUAAUUAGGAAUGGACGACAAGAUAUCUUUGAUAUCAAUUUAAAGUGAUAGAGUGAAAACUAGUGAUCAAUUCGAUUAUAUGGUUGACAUGGAAGUUAAGAAGAUAUUGGAAGAAUCCUAUAAUAGAGUCAAAAAUUUGUUAAAAGUUAAUGAAUCUAAAUUGAAGGACUUGGCUACAGAAUUAGUAAAGAGAGAAACACUUUCAGCAGAAGAGAUCAGAAAGUUAUUAUAAAUUAGUUGA